GUCCCGCCCCGCCGAAAUGGCGGCCCGUCUGUUCCGGAGGACGUUCGGGAGCCGCCGCCGCCUCCUCCUCCUCCUGCACUCCCCGCCGAGGCGCUCCAGCACCGGCUGGGCCGGCGGUGGCACAGACACGAGCUCUCUGACGAAACAAGCUGAAGCAACUGUUACUACAGACUGGAAAAAAAAAUUGACUCCAGAGCAAUUCUAUGUUACAAGAGAAAAAGGAACUGAACCGCCAUUUAGUGGGAUCUAUCUGAACAACACAGAAUCGGGAAUAUACUACUGUGUGUGCUGCAAUGCUCCAUUGUUCAGCUCAGAAAAGAAGUACAACUCUGGGACUGGAUGGCCGUCGUUUUCUGAGGCUUAUGGUACUUGUGGCAGAGAUGAAAGUAAUACCAAUAUCAUGAGACGACAAGAUAACUCGUUGGAAUCAACUACAACUGAAGUCGUCUGCAAACAGUGUGAUGCCCAUCUAGGCCAUGUGUUUGAUGAUGGUCCCACAGCUUCUGGGCAGAGGUUCUGUAUCAACAGUGUUUCACUAAACUUCAAACCCAGCUCUGGUCAGUGAGAAGUGGAUCUCUGUGGCUUACAGAACAUCCUUUCACUGCUUGUAUAAUAGGCUUGUGAAAAACUCUCACGCUUUUAAUAUAGAACUCAAAUUUUAGAACUUAUGCCAUUGUAGCUUUGCUUUCCAGCUGUUAUCAGUGUUGAUAAAAUACAUAUUUUUGUGGUAACUCUUUGGCAGUCUGCCUUUUCAUGGUUAGUGUGAUGUAAGUGUUGAUCUGUUUGUUGUAUUUUUUUAAUUAAAUAAAAUCUAUGCAAUAGUUCACAUGCAUAACUAUCAUCAUUAACUGUACUGAGGCUGCUGAAAUGAAGUGCUCUCCUGAACCUGACUUUGCCUUCACCCAGGAAUACAGGUGUACAUGGCUGAUCAUGCCAGAGCUUUUACUUCUGUAAAAUCAUCAUAUCCUUCUAAAGGGAGUGAAAAUAACAUCAAUCUCCAAAUAAGGUUUGAGGGUUUUUUUUCCCCCUGAUGUGAGAGAGACCUUUAGCCAAGCCAAGUGACUUUUUCAUGAACCCAUAAAAGCAAAGUCCUGAAGGAGGGCCUAAUUAAAAUGAUUCCAGUCAACAGAACCAGUGGAGACACAGAGUCUUUCUUCUUUUAAAUCAGUUAUUUUAAUUCUGUGUCCAAUAGCAGAGCUGAAGUAGGGUUUGCUCCAGGAACUUCUUCUUAUAGAAAUAAUAUGAUAAUAAUGUAACGAUCUGUGUAACAUCUCUAGACUUCUGUUAUCAGUUGUGUAUUUAAGAAUCUGAAAAUAAAGAUGAAUGUGAAAUUUACUGCAUUUGGCAGGAAAAAGCACCAAAAACCAUGUUCAGUAAGGUGAUGCUUUUGUUUAAAACAUGCCUUGUUUUUUUCUUCUUUGUACAAGUUUGUAAAUACUUCUGUAUUCUCCCAAGUAUUGUCACCACAGUUUGCUGUAACAGGAAAAUAAACUGUAUGUUUGUU